AUGACCGACAGCGAGUUUGGCUAUAUUCACAUGCUGGCCCAGGACUACCUGAAGUACGUCUUGCAGAUACCGCAACCUGGAUCUGGUCCAAGCAAAACAUCCAGGGUGUUACAAGACGUUGCUUUCUCAGUCCAAAACGAAGUUGAAAAGAAUUUGAAACCAUGCUUGGACAAUAUUGAUGUUGUGUCCAUAGACACCGCCAGAACAAUAUUCAACCAAGUGAUGGAAAGGGAAUUUGAAGAUGGCAUCGUUAACUGGGGAAGGAUUGUGACCAUAUUUGCAUUUGAAGGCAUUCUCAUCAAGAAACUUCUAGGAAGGCGAAUUGCCCCAGAUGUGGACACUUACAAGGAGAUUUCUUACUUUGUUGCAGAGUUCAUAACCAAAAACACAGGAGAAUGGAUAAGGCAGAAUGGAGGCUGGGAAAAUGGCUUUGUAAAGAAGUUUGAACCCAAAUCUGGCUGGCUGACUUUUCUGGAAGUUACAGGAAAGAUCUGUGAAAUAUUAUGUCUCCUGAAGCAGUACUAUUGACCAAAAAGGACACUCCAUAUUGUGAAAUCUGCCUAAUUUUCUUGAAUCGUACAAGAAGCACUUGCCAACACUUACUUCUACUUCUAAACAAAUAACUUUG